GAGGGAAGCCCCGGCGGGGAGACUCGGCCCCAAAAGCGGCGGCCGUUGGAGGUGGCUGCGGCAACCGAGAACAAGCCUGGGUCACUAUAAAUUCUUGGAUCACUAAAACUGCAAGCAGUCUUCCAGAAAAUGUGGCCUCAUGGAUGAGCUGGUACAUGACUUAGCCUCAGCCUUGGAGCAGACAUCUGAGCAGAAUAAGCUCGGCGAGCUGUGGGAGGAGAUGGCCCUGAGCCCUCGGCAGCAGAGGCGGCAGCUUCGCAAACGGAGAGGCCGGAAGCGCCGUUCAGACUUCACUCACCUGGCAGAGCAUACCUGCUGCUACAGUGAGGCCUCUGAGUCAAGUCUGGAUGAAGCCAUUAAGGACUGUCGAGAAAUGGCCCCAGUCACCAAUUUUAGUGACUCUGAUGACACGAUGGUAGCCAAAAGGCAUCCAGCUCUCAACGCCAUUGUUAAGAGUAAGCAACAUUCUUGGCAUGAGUCUGACUCCUUUACUGAAAAUGCACCUUGUCGACCGCUCAGACGCCGUCGCAAGGUGAAGCGAGUGACAUCAGAGGUGGCUGCCAGCCUUCAGCAGAAACUCAAGGUGUCAGAUUGGAGCUACGAGAGAGGCUGCAGGUUCAAGUCUGCUAAGAAGCAGCGUCUGUCCCGCUGGAAAGAGAAUACUCCUUGGACCUCCUCAGGUCAUGGGUUGUGUGAAUCAGGAGAAACGAGGACUUUCCUAAGCAAAACAGGAAGAAAGGAAAGGAUGGAGUGUGAAGCAGAUGAGCAAAAACAGGGUUCUGAUGAGAACAUGUCAGAAUGUGAAACCAGCAGUGUGUGUAGCAGCAGUGACACAGGGCUCUUUACCAAUGAUGAAGGACGGCAAGGGGAUGAUGAGCAGAGUGAUUGGUUCUAUGAAGGAGAAUGUGUCCCAGGAUUCACUGUUCCUAACCUUCUGCCCAAGUGGGCUCCUGACCAUUGCUCGGAAGUAGAGAGAAUGGAUUCCGGACUGGAUAAACUUUCAGAUUCCACAUUCCUUUUACCUUCUCGGCCAGCUCAGAGAGGGUACCAUGCUCGCUUUAAUCGUCUGCCUGGAGCUGCAGCUCGAUGCCUCAGAAAGGGGCGAAGAAGGCUUGUUGGGAAGGAGACCAGCAUAAGUAAUUUGGGUACUGAGAGGAUAAGCCACCUCAUUAGUGAUCCUCGGCAGAAAGAAAAGAAUAAAGCGUUGACUUCUGAUUUUCCUCACAUUUCUGCUUGUGCACAUGAGUUUAAUCCUCUUUCUCCCCUUUACUCCCUGGAUGUUCUCGCUGAUGCUUCUCACCGGAGAUGUUCACCAGCACACUGCUCUGCCAGACAGGCGAACAUACACCUGGGACCCCCGUGUUCACGUGACAUCAAGAGGAAACGGAAACCUGUGGCCACAGCAUCUCUGUCCAGCCCAAGUGCCGUUCACAUGGAUGCAGUGGAGCCAACCACACCAGCGUCACAGGCCCCCAAAUCUCCAAACUCUGAGUGGUUGGUCAGGACCUCUGCCGCAGAGAAAGCCACUGACUCAACUGCAGCUGCGUUUUUUAAAAUGCCACAAGAAAAGAGCCCUGGAUACAGCUAGACAGUAGUAUUUCACCGUCUAAGAGAUAUUGUUGAAACAAGUAUCAGACUUUGUAUUCUAUUGUCUUGCAUAUCUUAAUUGACAUUCCUAGUCCUUUCAACCGCCAGGACUGACUCUUCUUCCAGCAAAGAAGUGGACUCUUUCUCUUAGAAAAUCAUGUUGUGGAAUUUUUUUUUUUUAAUUGUAAAGUAUUGGGGCAACAUUUUUUUUUUUUUUUUUAAAAGGUCAUCCUGUGCUGUAUUUGCUACAUUGCUAUUGCUGUCCCAACAGUUACUUACAGCUCUGUUUACAGAGCUAUUGCUUUUUUGCAGAUGUCUUUUUUCUUGAAAAAUGAGUAACUGCUUUUGCAUAUUUGUGUAGAGCAUUUAAUACCAUUUGAGGAAGUUCCAAAUGUACAGCCAGUUCCAGGCAAAUUUAAACAGAGUUAAGGCCUACUGUGUGGAAUUGUUUGUAGGAGAUAAGGCUUGAUCCAAGCCAAGUGCCAAUAGGAUGAAUCCACCAAGUCCUCAGUUUGGAGGCUCAGAAGAGACACCAGCAGCAUGGGCCUUGGAAACUUAUUCCAUUUCUCUAGAUGGCCUAAUGGGAUUGCCAGCAGCUGCAUUGUACUCUGCCUCAUCUCCGAAGUUUGUGUUCCACCAAAAGAGGACCUAUAUAUAUAUAUAUGUACAGACUGGUAUAAUGAAGAAGAUGGUUUAGGUGUGCGGCAGAUUUAAAAUCGUCGGUGAAUUGUGUCUAAUACUUCAUGUCACGGUGUAAGCCUUUAUGUACUAAAUGAGACUUUUAUGUUAGUCUUAUAGGUCAAUAACCUGUAGCAGAAAUUCAUACUCUAUUAUAAUAAUGGCUUCUUAGGGGCAUACUUUUGGGGAGGAAAAUGUCUUUUUGACAUGCUUUUAUACUUGGCGUGUUUAUGAAGGCUCAGCUGCAUGUAGAGUUAUAAAUACCGCCAUGCCUGAAGUUGGAUGCUACUUUGUCAAAAUGAGGAAUAAGUGACUGCCUAGAGCUGCUGGAGAAAAGCCACCCUUUCUAAAACAGUAUUUUCAAGGAUGGCUGUCUUUCAGGAUCCUGGUUGACAGAAGGGCUCUUUUUUUGUACAAAUUCAGUGCUUUUAUUCUGAAAUACACAGAAGCCGUUUCCCAAUGCCCCCUGCUUGGUCAUAUUCUAGAGGAACUCCCAACUCCUGCACCUGGCCGUGUCCUGAGCGGAGCACAGCCUCCUUUCCCUGAAGUGCAGUUGUGCCUCUUUCUCACACAGAAUGUGAUGGUGCACUGUGCUGUUGUGUUCCUUUAAAGAGUAUGGUCCUAAUCAGUGUCCUUGUCAGUGGGGUGGGUUUGAACCUAGGGGGAAAGGGGACCUUGAAGCUAAGUUUACACAGCACUUUAUGUAAGACUGAGAACAUGGUGAUUGUCCAUAACGGAAUAGGAUGGAGACGACGCAGUGAGGAGCAGUGCCGAAGCCAGCCUGCAUCCCUGGGAGCCACCCAGGCCUUCAUGUAGUAGCGAGUGCACGUCCUUCUGGGCUGCACCCAUAGGGGUGUAGAAGACAUGGCGUCUGAUAAGCGUAAGUGGCCAUACUCGCUUGUUUUAGUGAUAAAGGUAGAUUUUUGUUGUCAUUCGUGCAUUCUUACUUCAUCCCUAUAGUAUUGUGAGGCACACAUUUCUGAUGUAUUUUGUUGGAUUCAAGGGAGAACUCCAUAAACAAUUUUUUCUUUGCACUAAGCUCCAUGGCUCAUGCAGAGAUUAGUCCCGUGAUCAUGGCCUAUUAAGACCUCUUGCAGUUCAGAUAGUGUCUUUUCUUCAUGACAUGUAGCCUAGUAGUUCUCCUUUACUACCUGUGGUUAAAAGUAAUUUAUAUAUACAAUUUUAUUUACGUUUUAAACAUCUCUGCUAUGUAAAGGUAGAUGACUGCUAUCAGUUUAUAGUCAAGAACAGUCACAGAGCUUAGUAACUUGCCCCAGGUCCCAUAAUGAAGCCAAUACAAAUCCUAGAUGUUCUCUGCCCUGGGAUAGAAUCUUCUGUUUUUUUACUGAUAGAUCUGAGUCACUCGGAGACCCAUACUUUUGAAACGGUAUGCUAUGAAUACUUAUUAUCUUUCUUGGGUGAGCUUUCCUACAUAUUUUGAAUAUUUUCAGCAGGGAGCACCCCAGAAUGCCAUAUCUACCUAUAAUAAGUAGGAAAGAAAAUUAAUUGCCUAAGAAUAGCCAUUAAGCACACAAAUGCUUUUCUAAUACAGGGUUGUAAAUUGUGCUUAUUUUAAACUGCUGCAUGAGCAUGCUUACAGAACUGACUACUACUUCUUUUUUGUAUGAGUCCAUUCCAGAGGAAUAACCUUAGAAUCACAUGUAUUUUGAAUCUUAAAUUUUAAAUUUCCUUUUUAUAUGGCAAAGUGUAUAAUGUCAUAAAUUAAGAAAAAUUUAUCUUUCAACAAAAGAUAUAAUUUCAAAUCAAAAGAUAUAAUUUCAAAUCAGGUUUUAUAAUUUGUUGAAAAAAAAAAAAACCUGAUAGCUUGUCUUCGUUUGAGGAUAGCCAUUGAACACACAUGUGUUUGAUCUAGUGAAAAGUAAUAACUGAAGCAGAGUCCCACAGUUCUUAUUUCAGGGUUCUGAUUUGCCCAGCUGGCUAUACAGUCUGCAUAUCUAAAUCCUAAUCUUGGGUAUUUUCCACAGUGGGCAGUUAGCUUCUUACUAAGACAUUAGCUUCUUACAUGAGUAUCAUUUCUAAAAGAUAGUUUGGCUUACAAGUUUAAGGGAAUUUGAGAUUAUUUUUCAGUGCAAUAUUUUAAAGGAGCAGCUUCAUUUGCAUCAGUACUCUUGUGUUGCUUUUUGGCAGGAACUGUUUAGAAGAAGAAAUUAGUAGCUGUUCACAUGUGCCAAAUUUGGAGGAGCAGAGUGAUCUUUACUGAGUGGUAUGUUCUUGAUAAACAGGCCUCAUUUAGCUUUGAAUUCUUUAGAAAUCAAAUGCAAUUGGAAAUUUCAUAUGAUAUUGUUUUGACAGGCUAUGGAAAUAGACUACAAACAAGGCCAUUUUGGCAACAAAAUGACCAAAAGCUGAAAUAAAGCUUCUUAAUCUGUGAUCUUAUGGUAUCUCCUUUGCUAAGUAAAGCUCAACACCUAGGACAGGUAAUUAAACUAUUUCUGAAUCCCAAAUAGAUGAAUCUGAUAUACUUUGCAUUUUAGAAUCUGAAAUGCAAUCUAGACCACAGCAUAGCAAGUUCUGAUGCUGCAAAAUAUAGGAACAGAAUUAUCACAGAAGUCAUUUAGAGCUGAACAAGUCACUGAGUGUAGUGAGAAAGAAGCUAUGCUGGCACUGUCAUUGCUGAUGUGAUGAGUUCUCCAUUUUGGCCCCAGGCAAAGGCUCCUGGUGAUGCAUGGCUCAUUUCAAGUCUUUCCUUUAUUUUGGCUUCACUACCAUGGUUCUGAGCCACAAGCAUUUUGUUUCCUGGGGAGGAGGCUGUGUAAAAAUCUCAGUGUCAGAAGCUGUAUUCACCCUUCUGUGUUUGUUGAACCUUAGCUGGGAUGAGAACAGAGUGGCUUUCUCUAGCAGCUAUAGAUACAGUUGGUGGCAUGAUACAGGCUGUAUCAUGGUUCAUGGGGUGGUGGGAGGGGUGGUAGAAGCAGUUUGCUCUUCCUUUCAGCUUCCUUUGUUAAUGUUUGAGCUGCCUGUUUUACUUGUCAGUAUUUCCUUAUCUCCUGUUCUGGUCAUGACAGUUAGUGGAGUUACUGAUAGUGACCAGCAAUCAGGUUGGGUUUUACCCCAUUAGAAAGCUGGUACAGAGAGAAAAGGCGAGGAAUUUGGUGCAUUCUGCUAUUAGCGCUAAAUGCAAGUGGCCCGGAGAUGCUCUCACCUACAUAAAAAUCAUGAAACAGAUGAAUAUCAAAUGUCUGGAAAUAGCAAUAUCAGAAAUAAGGAAGUUGAGUGGCCUUGCUGGAGAGUGAAAAUUACAAGGUUUUUAACAAGCCCGCCAAAACAAACUCAUGGUUAGAAGAAAUUGUCCUGCCAUUUCACUGCACUAGAGUAAACUGCCAAAUGUGGGGAAUAAAAAGUUUUUCAAGCACAGUAUUGAAAAAUGGGCGAGUUCCUGAUGCUGUUCACCAAGAAAAGCAGUUUUGGAAAGGCAAGAGGAAGAGAAGGAGAGAUGCAGGGGUGCAAGGGCCCCGAGACCGACAGCAACACAUUCUCUCCCUCACUGGAUCUGCUGACUCAGAAACUCAGAGUGAGGCCCAGCAGUCUUACAAGCACUCCAGGGGACUCUGAGAACUACAGGCGUUGCCACAGUUAAAUGUUUUAACAUACUGGUAUCCCCCUAAGCUCUGAGGUGCUCUUAUGCUUUCCUCCAUAAGUAUAGAGAUGUUUUGUGUAUGGUUCUUUGCAGAAACUGUUGUUACUGCUCAUACGUUUUCCCUCAAGCUCCUGAAAGACCUCCUGGAGACAUUGAGAAAAGAUGAUCUAGAGAAAAAUGCCGUCAAGACCAUUUUUAGAUGAAUGGAAACAACCUUUUAAAAGUGGAUUAAAAUAUAAUAAUGGGUUUUUAGUCUGUGAGCGAUCAGUCAUUUUUUGCAAUUGACAGGAAAACAUUUGUGUAAGACACUGCCAUCCAUGGUUUUAUGAUCCUUGUUCAUCACAUCUUAGUUUCAUGGGAAAUGUCAUGUAUUUUCCAGCAUCAUAAUGAUGAAGCCUUUAAAGUGUGGCUCACAAAAAUGAAAAAAAAAAAAAAAUUGGAAGAAAAAAACCACUCUGAGUACAUAGCUAUUGUGUAAUAAAUACCUGUUGAGUUAUUGGUAAUCGUUUGCUGGGAAUUAAUAUCAGUACUUCACAGCAUGUAAAAAUCAAUUUUCAGUGAUCCCUCUUAAUCACACCCUAUUGUCUUUGUUUUACAUUUCAGCUAGUGAUUCUUCAGGGGUUGGGGUAAUAACAGCAAGUUUUAUUUUUUUGUUGUCUUAUGGAUUCAGUGUUUCAGAAGAUAGUAUUCUAAUCUUAAAGUUUUGAAAUGAAACCAUGGCAUCUUUUCUUUUGAGUUUAUCUGUAUGAAUUUGACUGGGGCUUACUUUAUUACUAAAGCCUACAAACCAAAAUUCUCUUUGUAGGAAUAUGUGUGGCUACAGAGGUGUUCUCUAGUGUCAUUUCCUCAGAUGUUCAUGUUUUGUGCUUAGAUUUUUGUUUAUAAAGGUGACUGAGUGAUGACACAUUGAAAGGGAAGUCUAAUGUUACAGGUCCCUUUGAAACAGGAGGCGUGGCUUGCCAUGCAAGGCCACAGGACAAAUAGGGUCGGGAGGCAGAAAACGGGAGCAAGCGAUAGGGUUAGGGUUAGGCGAAAGCCUUGAUUGGGUUUUCUCCAAAAAGGCAAAAGCAGGGCAGGGAGGACAGUUUAGGAAUGGCUAGUGAAUAACUCCAGGGCCUUAGAGCUACACUGUGGGCUUGAGUUGCCUGGGAUGAUUGCUUCCUGGGGUGUGCAAGCCAGUUGAAGGAGGUAUGGCUCCAUCAGACCUGGUUAGUUUGCUCAUCAAAAGCAUGCUGUGGGCUGAUUCCUUUGUUGUCUCAAAGAACUGGCCAGCCCUGGGAAGGACAAUCUCCCCAGCCAGGAAGGUUUUUUAAGAUGUCAGAACGUAAUAUUAGAAAAUAAAAAAACAUGAUUAAUGCACA